UGCGAAACACACUGCUACACAAACACACAAGCGCAAUGGCGCACGCUAGUGCAGUAGCGUGAGACCCCUAAUGAAUCGUGUGAAUUCAUUAGUAUCUUUGGACUGCGUUGAUGACAUUGUUUUUUUUCUGUCGGGGUUACAUAGUCUUUCCCGUUUGCGUCAUUUAGAAAUUCAGUUGUGAUGAUAACUGGUAAAGGCUUGGAGAUGAGCUCUCAGAAAAGUUCUUCAGUCCCCAGGGAGUACAUUACACCCGUCCAGCAGAUGAUUGCGUCUUGUUCUGGGGCAAUUAUUACGUCACUGUUUGUAACACCUCUGGAUGUGGUGAAGACCAGACUGCAGGUACAAAGGAAUCCUUUUCCAAAAGGAAAAUGUUUUGUGUACUGUAAUGGCCUGAUGGAUCAUGUAUGCGUCUGUGAGAAUGGCAAUUCAAAGGCAUGGUACAAAAAACCUGGUCAUUUCUCCGGCACUUUGGAUGCCUUUAUUAAGAUUAUACGCAUGGAAGGAAUCAGGUCUCUAUGGAGCGGUCUUCCUCCAACACUAGUGAUGGCAGUGCCUGCAACAGUCAUCUAUUUCACAUGUUACGAUCAGCUAUGUGCUGUUCUCAAGCUCAGGAUGGGCGACCGAUCAGAUUAUGCACCGCUGUUGGCCGGUGCCAUCGCGAGAGUGGGGUCGGUUACAGUAAUCAGCCCCCUGGAGCUGAUCCGCACUAAAAUGCAGUCUGAGAAGCAGUCGUACCGAGAGCUGAGCGCUGUGAUCCAGUCAGCGCUGCACAGCGAGGGCUGGCGGUCUCUGUGGAGGGGCUGGGGUCCCACGCUGCUCCGAGAUGUCCCAUUCUCAGCUAUGUACUGGUUUAACUAUGAGAAGGGUAAAGCCUGGCUCUGUCAAUACUACAACUCUACAGAUCCAACCUUUGCCAUCACAUUCACAGCUGGAGCGCUGUCUGGAUCAUUUGCAUCAGUCGUCACAUUGCCGUUUGAUGUGGUCAAGACAAAACGACAGGUAGAACUGGGUGAACUGCAGACAAUGAAAUUGUCCACACAAGUCUCAUCCAGCACAUAUCAUUUGAUGAAAAGGAUAGUUGCUGAAAAUGGAGUAUCAGGACUAUUUGCAGGUUUUCUGCCGAGGCUGAUUAAAGUGGCUCCGGCAUGUGCUAUAAUGAUCAGCACAUAUGAGUUCGGAAAAGCUUUUUUCCGCAGAUACAACCAGAAGAAAGAGGGUGACACAACUACAGCCCAGCACGUGAUCUCACACACCAAACCACGGAUUUAGAAGAACACUUGAUCACAGACCUUUGUUAAGAUUCAGUAACUUCACCACAGAUUGCUCCAGAAAUUGCUCCAACAUGCUAUUAAUUGUGUGCUGUCUGACUAAAAGAGAGAUUAGUUUAUAGAGUUGCUGUGAAAUAAAUCAGUAUUUACUUUUAGAAAAUAUUUAAAAGUAACAGUGCAUCUUCUACUUAGGUUAAAUUCUUAAAAAUAUAAUAAAUAAAAGUAUAGUUUAAUAUUUGUGUUUUUAAAUGUAUUCAUUAAAAUUAUUAUUAUUAUUAUUUUUUGUAAAUUGACACCAAAUGUAUUCCCAUCAGACAUGAUUAUCCUUGUAAUUUGUUUUCUACCGGUUCAGGCUUGUUGACGUUUUAGUAGUGUUUCAGUCAUGUAUUUUCAAGGUUUGUGUUAAAUGAAGUCAGUGUGUGCAAAUGGUGCCAAAAAUGAGACUGAUGAGGGGAUUUUACUUUUACUGUACUUGACCCAAUGCCUAACAAUUAAGUGUGAAUAUUCACAGCUUUUUAAACUUUUUAAAUUGCACUGUAUGUCCUUAGCUUUUUAAGUGCUUCAAUAAUGAGGAAUGAUUUAAAA